AUGCCUGUCGUCAGCCCAGAGCAGCUGGCAAAACUCCAGCAGCAGCCAGAUGAUAUUCGCAACAUAUGUAUACUCGCACACGUCGAUCAUGGCAAGACAUCACUCACUGAUGCCCUUCUCGCCACAAAUGGUAUCAUCUCACCAAAGCUGGCCGGCAAGGUACGCUACCUGGACUCGAGGCCAGACGAGCAGGAGCGGGGGAUUACCAUGGAGUCUUCGGCAAUAUCGCUCUACUUCAGCAUGCUGCGGAGAUCAAGCCCUGACGCCACCCCGGAACCCAAAGAGUACCUCGUCAACCUGAUCGACUCACCAGGCCAUAUUGACUUCAGCAGUGAGGUCUCCACUGCGUCUCGUUUGUGUGAUGGAGCCGUCGUUCUGGUCGACGCCGUCGAGGGCGUGUGCAGCCAGACAGUAACGGUCCUGCGUCAGACAUGGGAGGAAAAGCUGAAGCCGUUGUUGGUGAUUAACAAAAUGGAUCGACUCAUCACCGAGCUCAAAAUGACACCGAACGAGGCUUAUGUUCACCUGAGCAAACUCCUGGAGCAGGUCAACGCCGUGUUGGGAAGCUUCUUCCAAGGCGAGAGGAUGGAGGAGGAUCUCAACUGGCGGGAGAGGAUUGACGAGAGAGUCCAGGCGGCUGUUGCCAAGGGUCCUCAGCUGUCAGACCAGCAGACUGAGUCCGGUGACCUUCAGUUCGAAGAAAGAGACGACGAGGAGCUCUACUUCGCCCCUGAAAAGAACAACGUCAUCUUCGGCAGUGCUGUUGACGGCUGGGCCUUUACCGUCCGGCAAUUUGCUGGACUUUACGAAAAGAAGCUGGGAAUCAAACGCAGCGUGCUGGAGAAGGUCCUAUGGGGAGACUUUUAUCUGGACCCCAAAACCAAGAAGGUGUUGGGGCGUAAGCACCUGAAAGGACGGAACAUGAAGCCUCUAUUUGUUCAGCUUGUCCUGGAGCAGGUAUGGGCCGUGUACGCCGCCACUACUGGCGGCGACAGUGGAAAGGGAGACCCAGCAUUGCUCGAAAAGAUCACCAAAUCACUUAACAUCACCAUUCCUCGUCACGUUAUUAACUCGAGAGACCCUCGAACCCUUCUUUCGGCCGUGGUCUCAGCGUGGCUUCCACUCUCAGUGGCGUUGCUCGUCUCGGUGAUCGAGUCUUUGCCGUCACCUCGAAGCGCUCAAGCAGACAGGUUACCGGAACUACUUGAUGAUUCGCCUGGAGGAGACCACGUCGCGCCGGAAGUCCGCGACGCAAUGGUCAACUUCAAGCACUCCAAGUCUGACCCGGUGGUCGCGUACGUGAGCAAGAUGGUCUCAAUACCCGAGAGUGAGCUUCCACACAACAAGCGGCGUGGGCAGCUCAGCCCCGAGGAAGCGAGAGAACUUGCGCGGAAGAAGCGGGCGGAGGCCGCUCGAGCUCAGGCUGCUGUUGAGAACCGCGGCCCCGUCGACGCGCUCGCUGUGGCGUUGGACAGUGCAACCCUGGAGGAUGAACAAGAAACACAAGCUGAGGAAGAGACUGUCGACCCUGAACAUCUUAUCGGCUUCGCGCGGAUAUACUCUGGCACCCUGUCAGUUGGAGACGAAAUCUAUGUCAUACCGCCGAAGUUCACACCGGCAAACCCGCAGCAUCCACCUGUUCCGAAGAAGGUCACCGUGACCGCGCUGUACAUGCUCAUGGGACGAAACCUCGAAAGCCUCGACAGUGUUCCAGCUGGAGUCGUGUUCGGUAUCGGCGGCCUCGACGGGUCGGGCAUUCUGAAGUCAGGGACCUUGUGCUCUCAGCUCGACGGCGCUGUGAACCUGGCCGGUGUCGCGAACAUGGCCGGCAAACCGAUUGUCAGAGUCGCAUUGGAGCCAGCAAAUCCGUACGACCUCGACAAGAUGAUCGAGGGUCUGAGGCUUCUUGUUCAGGCUGACGCGUGCGCCGAGUACGAGCAAUUUUCGAGCGGUGAGCACGUACUGGUCACAGCAGGCGAGUUGCAUCUUGAGCGGUGCCUGAGGGAUCUCCAGGAGCGUUUUGCUCGAUGUGAGAUACAGGCAGGCGAGCCGAUCGUGCCAUACAAGGAGACGAUCGUGCGUGCCGAGGAAAUGAGGCCCCCGGUCAACAAGGAGCUCGGCCGAGGCGCUGUGGUUGGGACCACAAGCUCCAAGCAGGUCACCCUUACGUUGAGAGUACGGCCCCUGCCAUCCGAGGUCACAGACUUCCUCAACAAGAACGCCGGUGCCAUCAAGAAUCUCCAUUCUAAGAAAUGGGGGACCAAUGGUUCCGAGGCAGCUGGGAACGAGACUCCAGAUGAAAUCGACAGCGACCAACAAAGCAUCGAUGACGAUGCAGACAUAAUAGGAACGAAAUUCCUCUCUCCAGAGGAUCUCAAGAACCAGCUCAAGACCCUUCUAGAGUCGGGCAAGGGACGGGAGCCAUUCAAGAAUAUUGUCGAUUCCAUAGCAGCAUUUGGCCCACGGCGCACGGGUCCCAACUUGCUGAUCGACGCAACGAAGGAGGGGUGCUUGCCCAAGGCUUUUGAAACUGACAAGAGCCAUGAGGCCCGCCUAGAAGGCAACGAAGAGCUACGUGGCCACCAUCUUACCGACAAGAUCACGUAUGGCUUCCAACUCGCCACUGCCCAGGGGCCCCUGUGCCGAGAACCAGUACAGGGCAUCGCCGUGUUUAUCGAAGACGUAGCUAUCAACAGCGACGGCGACACCUCAGCCCGGGAGAAUCUCGGCCGUCUGACCGGUGAGGUACUCAAGACGGUACAGCAGUCCAUACACAAGGGCUUUUUGGACUGGUCGCCGCGGUUGAUGCUGGCAAUGUACUCGUGCGAGAUCCAAGCAAGCACCGAGGUCCUGGGCCGCGUCUACGACGUCCUGACCCGCCGCCGGGGCCGCGUCCUGUCCGAGGCCAUGAACGAGGGCACGCCCUUCUUCACGAUCCAGUCCCUGCUCCCCGUGGCCGAGUCCUUCGGCUUCGCGGACGACAUGCGCAAGCGCACCUCGGGCGCCGCGCAGCCGCAGCUCAUCUUCACCGGCUUCGAGGUCCUCGACGAGGACCCCUUCUGGGUGCCCUUCACGGAGGAGCAGAUGGAGGACCUGGGCGAGUUUGGCGACAAGGAGAACGUCGCCAAGCGGUACAUGGACAAGGUGAGGCGGAAGAAGGGUAUGCUAGUCGAGGGGAGGACGGUGGCGCUCAGCGCGGAGAAGCAGAAGACCUUGAAGAGGUAG